UCAUUGUCAUUAAUUUUAUAAUGGCGGAUGAUCAAACUAAGUCAUCAAAUGUGUAUGUCCGUAUAAAACCUCUUGGUCGAAAAUUCAUCAUAUACGAAAAAGUACCUUUUUAUAGAUAUGUGGAACUCAUUAUCGCAGAAUUUACUGGAACUUUUAUUUUACUUUUUCUUUCUAGUCUAGCUGAUGGUGUUUUAAGUAAUAUACUUGAAGUUACUUUCGCCGUAGCUCUAUCUAUAUCAGUUUCGGUGGAGUGCGUCUCCCAUAUUUCUGGAUCACACAUUAACCCGGCAGUUUCUCUCGGUGCUUUCUUAGCGGGUUACCUCUCUUUAAUACAUUUAUGUAUUUAUAUGAUUUCUCAACUUCUUGGUAGUAUAGCUGGACAUGCGACGGCAUUGGCGAUUGUGUCGAAAGAAAUGCAAGAGGCCUUUUUUAACGAGAAAAGCGUUGGUAUUUUCACGUUGAAGAAACGGGGAUCUUUGGAGGAUUGGCAAGUGUGCAUUUGCGAAUACAUCUUAACAUUCUUAAUUGUUAUCGUAUGCACCGCCGUUUGGGAUUGGCGAAAUAGGAAAAUUGAUUCUCUCGGUAUUCGGUUUGGUUUUCUAAUUGCAGUCUUGAUUCUUGCUGGGGGAGAUGUUUCUGGAGCUGGGUUAAAUCCGGCUAGAGCAAUAGGACCAUCUAUAAACAACGGCGAAUUCCUAAGUUAUCAUUGGGUGUAUUACGUUGGACCUUUUAUGGCUGGAAUAACGGGAGGUUUGCUUUACAGAAUAGUUUUUCAAACGCCAGAACCUGGGUACGAUGAUGUUGAUGGUUAAUCCGCCAACAAAUAAUGAUACAAAAAUAAUUUAUUUUAUAAUAUUAUAUUUUUUUUUAGAAUAUAUUUAUCUUCUUUUUGUUAUA